AUGAAGAGCAGAGGCAAAGAAUUCAAGGGGAAUAAUCUACCAUUCUUUGCUUGUGGAAUCAGUUCUGUCAUUCAUCCAAGAAAUCCUAUGGUUCCCACAAUGCACUUCAAUUAUCGAUACUUUGAAGUGACUGAUGAUGAUGGUAAAAAGCAUUGUUGGUUUGGUGGUGGCACUGAUUUGACUCCAUACUAUCUAAACAAGAAUGUAAGUGGUAGGAAAAAUGAAAGCGAAUGUAGAGGAAUAGGUGGAAUUUUCUUUGAUGACCUGGACAAGCCCUCUGAAGAAGAACUUUUUCAGUUUGUCAAGGCUUGUGCAUCAGCUGUGAUCCCAGCUUAUAUACCUCUUGUAGAGCAGCAUAAAGACGAUCCUUACACCGAAAAAGAACGUGAAUGGCAGCUUUUAAGACGGGGAAGAUAUGUGGAGUUCAAUCUUGUUUAYGACAGAGGCACAAAAUUUGGUCUUUACACGCCAGGGUCUCGGAUAGAAAGUAUUCUAAUGUCCCUACCGCUGACCGCUCGUUGGGAGUACAUGCAUGUUCCAGAGAAGGGGAGUCGAGAGGAAGAACUGCUAGAAGUAUUGCGCAAUCCAGUGGACUGGGCUGAAUAGUAACGUACAAUGAUUAUAGACUGAUAUUAGUAGUGAGAUAUGUUUAAUUAUCGGUUACUAAAUUGAAAUUGAAUUUUACCCUUGUCCUAGUACAACAAAAUUAURUGUAGGCAUGCGUUAUGAAUAUUUCUAUAGAGAGUAUUUUUGUAAUUCUUUGAUGAAUUUGAAAUCAAGAAAUCAAGAAAUUAUAAAAAAUAUGUUUUGUAUAAACUAUGUUUAUCAUGGAUAUUUUUUACAAGUACGCCUCGACCUUUUUUAGCCUGCAAUUCACAAUUGAUUGAAUUUUGUCGUGCUCGUGUUUUAUGUAUUCUCGUUGRUGGUGUCCCAUGGAAUCUCAGCUUGACUGAAACCAUGGUUUCUUGGCAAUAUUCAUUGGUGGAUAUUUUAUCUAUUUUAAUUCGCUUUACUGCAUGUAGAGCUGCCUGAAGAUCUAUUCAGUUUUAUACAGCAGUCUUUAUUCUCGCGAGUCAACCGUGUUUUGGGAUUACUUUGACAUGUUGAAAAAUCUUCUAGUUGUAUGGUGAAUUAAUCAGUCCCAUGUAUAAUAAUUCAUAACGAUGAUGAUGAUGAUGAUUGUAAUUA